AUGACGAAUAAUCGUAUACGUUGUUUAAUAAUUUUUAUCGUUACUGGUCUUUUAAUAUUUUUAAUUGUCGGUACAAUUAUUUAUCUUGUUCGUCGUAGUGAACAUCGAGUAGUUCAUCCUGAUGCAUGUCCUCGACCAAAACAAUAUCAAACCAAUUAUGAUUAUGAUUAUACAAAGAAUAGCAAGGAAUUUCGUAAUACAGAUAGUUCAGUAGAUUAUUUUCAAUUAAGUCUUUCUUGGUCUCCAACAUUUUGUGGUGGAAAACAAAAUUCACAUAAUCUAUUUCAAUGUCAACAUGUAUUUGGUUUUGUUGUUCAUGGAUUAUGGCCAAGUAAAACUAAAACCGGUAGAGGACAGUCAAAUAAUAUACAUCCAAGAAAUUGUCGUAAUGAACCACCAAUACCAGCGGAUGUUAUUAAAAAAUAUUUUUGUUUAAUGCCUUCUGAAAAAUUAAUGCAAGAUGAAUGGGAAAAACAUGGAACAUGUUAUUGGCAAAAACCUGAAGAUUAUUUCGAAAAAAUCAAUUAUCUCUAUUCAAAGAUAAAUAUACCUAAUAAUAUAAAUGACAUUUUAAAUAAUGGAACUUUAGGAUAUAAAAGUAUUAAACAAAGUUUUAUAGAUAUAAAUCCACAAUUAAAAUGGGAAGAAAUUAAUGUUAUGAUGCGAAAAAAUAAAUUACAUGAAGUUGCUUUUUGCUAUGAUCUUAAUUUUAAUCAUAUCAAAUGUAUUUGA